CUGUUCCAACUCUUCACCUCGCUCAAUACCGUGUCUGAUUCAGAACAAAACGACAAUGAAGUUAGCAACAUUUGCUUAUUGCCUGCUAUUGCUACUCACUUCAAGCCUGGCUCAAGGCUUGCGUGUAUCACAAAUUAAUUGCUCAAAAUAUCGGAACCAGACGAUCAGCAGAGCGGCGGCGAUUCCACUGACAUUGAAUCCGACGCCGAUAAUAUUCGAAACAUUCAAUUGCUCCAAAUCCGUUAGCUUGAUUGUAGGUGGCGAGGAAGCCAAGGAAGGCGAGUUUCCACAUCAUGCUUUGCUUGGAUGGCCAAAGAAGGCUUUUCCGGAUCAAAUUGAUUUUAAUUGUGGUGGAUCCCUGAUUAGUGAACGCUUUGUACUAACUGCUGCUCACUGUAUGAAAUAUGGCCGACCUACAAUCGUUCGUUUGGGUGAACAUGACUUACGGGAUGAGUAUGGUAAUCAGGCUGAUAUCGGAAUAGAAUCUAUAAGGAGACACCCGCAGCACAAGUUCGCCUCCUCCUACCAUGAUAUCGCUUUGAUCAAGCUCAAUCAGUCGAUUCCGUUUUCUGCGUUAAUACGACCAGCAUGUCUGUGGAAUGAUAUGAAAUUUAAUUUUACCUCGGCGAUUGCCAGUGGAUUUGGAAAGACCGAUUUUUUGGACAACCAACCAUCCGAUGUACUGCGUAAAGUUCAGCUGGAUUUCCUGGAUAAAGACGAAUGUGAGAAUCAGUUUAUAGGGGCGAGGAGCUUUCUUGAAGGUAUCAAAGACGGUCAGCUGUGCAUUGGCAGCAAGCGUGGCGGCAGAGACACUUGCCAGGGCGAUUCAGGUGGCCCGUUGCAGAUCAUAACGGAACCGAAAAGUUGCAUAUACUAUGUGAUUGGUGUUACUUCUACUGGUUCCGGAUGUGGUUAUGGAAAAUCGCCCUCUGUCUACACCAGUGUUGCCAGUUAUCUAGAUUGGAUUGAGGACAUUGUUUGGAAGUAAGAUAAGUGGCGUAAAAUUCUCGGACGUCAGAAACGUUAAAGUCGAUUGGGUCCUUCACAUUCACUAUUUCGUCACUUCUGAUUUGGUCAGUUUUUCGCCAGUACUUUUUCAUUGCUUUCUGAAUUCUACAUGUUUGGAAUGCAUGUUCUAAAUAUGGAUUUUCUAAACGAGUUUGUUUUAUAAAAAAAUUCAGAUUGUUUCUA